CUUUGAUGAAAAGUCAGUGAUGUUUUCAAGAAUGUGCUGUGUUUGACACCGGUGCCCUCCCGGUGUCAUACGUGCAGUUGGCUCAUUGUACAUACAUUUUGGAUAACGAAAGACCGAUGUCAUGAUCACCAUGCGUCGGUCCUUGUGUUCGCGGCUAAAGAAAUUGACCUUCCGAUCCUUCCUCCUCCUCAUCCUCCUCACGACAGUCAUCAUCAACGAGUUCCUCGUGCACAGGAUACAGAGCUGGAGAUGGCCUGCUAUGCCGCACCCAUACAAGGACUCUGAGGAAGAGAUGAGGAUCUUGUUUGUGUCAGACCCUCAGAUUGUAGGGUACCAGGAUGAGGCUCGGUUUCCCAUAGGGUCCAUCACAAGAUGGGACUCGGACAGCUACCUCAGUCGGACGUUCUCCCUGGCGUUCAGCUACACCCAGCCGGACGUCGUGGUGUUCCUCGGGGACCUCAUGGAUGAGGGUAGUCGGGCAACACCCACGGAGUACGAGAUGUACAUGGACAGACUUGAGAGUAUCUUCUACCCAGUCCGAUAUGCCAAGAAGAUGUUUGUUCCUGGAGACAAUGACAUUGGAGGAGAAGGCAGGGACUUCAGAAGUCUGUUCAAGAUAGCCCGAUUUGAACACCAUUUUGAAAACAUUACUGGGAUAGAGCGAGUGGGAUUCAUAGACUUUAUCAAGUUGGACUUGCGAUUCAACCGUGACAUGCCAUCCGAACAACACAAGCUUUUGGAGAGGCUAAAGAAACACUUCACAGCUCCGCUGCGCAUCAUCAUCAACCAUGAGACGAUGCUGCCCAAACUGAAGUCAUUCAUCUAUCCAAUACUAAUGGAAGUGCAGCCUCAUCUCCUGAUGUCCGGACACUGGCAUGAGGCUCGUCACUUUGUGUGUGAAGACUGUUUGUCCAACAAUGGUGACAUGGGACACUGGCCAGUGCACCAGCGAGACCUAACUGACAUCGACUCCUACCAGGACAUCGAUCUCAACAAGCCGCUGGCGGUCAAUGAAAUCAUGGUCCCUACGUGCAGCUACAGGAUGGGGGAGAAGGACAUGGGGUACGGGGUUGGUCUUCUAGAUCCAGAGGGCCAUAUGCAGUACACAGUGUUAUGGCUUCCCAACCGAUACCACCAGCUCUAUGCUUACCUGGUUGUCUUGGUGCUGGUCGCCAUUCUCUUCAUCUCCUGUUCCAUCAUGCAGUUGCUACGGCAACAACAACAGCCACGCUACCCCAGGUAGCAUCACAGCCAGUGUUUUGCGUCCCUCCCGUACGUCCAUCCAACCAGAACCUCCAGCUGUACACUGGGCUGGGAAGAUAUGCUGGUCUUUUUGAAGUGUCACAACGUGUUUGUAAAUUGUUUGUAACAGAUUGCUGUUACAAAUACGUAUGAAUGACCCAUAAUGCACUCUCCUACCCAGAGUUCCUUGCAGUCAGCCUAGUACCUCUCCCACAGGCCAGCAAGAUGUUAUGAUUUGUCACAUCUUACACAGUCCAUUUAUGCACAUGUUGUUCAUUUGUUUUAAUUUUGGCCAGUCUGCACAUUUAGAUAAACAUAUUUGUUUAUCAUUCAUAUAUGUUUAACUUUCAUUGAGAU